AUGGCUGGUAGAUUGCGUGACUACGUACCUGCUCACCCUCAAGUCGAGCUGCAUGUGGCUGCAGGUAAUGCCGAGAGUCCAGACGACAGAAACGCUGCGCUCCCGCCUCACAGCAAGGGAAGACGGCAGAAGCCAUCAUCUGAACCCAACCAAACUUCCCUCGUCUCUUCUUCUCUCCGCUUCAUCCAACCGCCCAGUGUGUUCUUCCCUCAACCUUGGGUUCACGAUGUCGAUGGCUCGCUCCAACUUGCCUGCCUGCUCGUCACUUCUCACCUCUUCGUGCCGUCCUUGGUUCCAAUAUUCCCCACUUCCUCUCCACACAUCCCUGUCGACGAUGCCCACGCCAAUGUGCAUCAUGCAUCGGAUUUGGACGCCUUACUCAACCCACUCUUUUCUCGCGCUCAACCCCUGUACCCGGCCCGGCGUCUUCUCGUGCAUAGCGACUGGAAGCCAGUUCCUGGUCCUCGCUUUGGUCAAAGUCUGGGCAACCGUGCCGCUCCCGAGGCGUCCAUCAACAUCAUCAUCAUCACGCCAGCCAUCUUUGACGACCACUGCGGGGCUCCUACCGAAAGCUGUGCCGCUCUGUUGCCAGGGAAGUCCUUUGCCCGGAGACCUUGCUCUACUGUGUAUGUAGAGAAGGAUGGGCACCCAUGGCAUCGGCUUGCCAACUGGCUUACUUCCCAGAAGGUCUGA